AUGCGGCGCCAAACCAUGCCGGCCAUCCGGCGCCGAAGACCAACGGCGCCCCAAUUGGUCACUCCACGAAGACGCUCGGGUCCGCACCAAUGUAUCGGAAUGUGGCGGCACCUCGGGAUUCUUCAACGGGGCCCUUCGGUGUGGCUCGGCAUUGGCCGAGGUCCAGCAACAACAGCACAAGGCAUUGUGGCUCAGCACCUAAAGCCACAAUCACGUUGUCUGGGAUGGACCUUGACUCUUCUAAGGCUUCGCCUUCGGCCGCUCGAGCCGUUUAGCGACUUGGGGGCGCUGGUUGCGGCGUUCUCAGUGACGUGGGACUAG